CUAUCAGCCAUUGCUGCGACCGUCACGUCGCUUUGUGGAGGUACACCCCUUUCUGAGCACGCUGAACUUGAUCUAGUCCCAUCAGAUGAAGGAGUCGACGUCCUGUUCAACUGUGCCGGAGUUGGCUAUCGUGGGACAGCCCUAGACACAUCAAUGGAGGUGCUUCGUGAGCAUAUGCAAGUGAAUUUCUUCGGUCAAGUUGCUAUCGUCAAAGGUUUACUCCCAAAAUGGUAUGAAACGGCUAAGUGUCGGAAGUUUCCUCCUCACUUGGUACAGGUCUCUAGCGUCCAGGGGAAAUUUGGUCAGGGUGGUCGUUCCGCGUACGCAGCAGCCAAGCACGCUCAGCUCGGGUAUUUCGACAGUCUCCGUUCAGAAAUGGAGGCCGUUGGCAUUGGUCGCGUGACUAUGUGCUUGCCUGGUUACAUCAAUUCUGAGCACUCCGAGAACGCUAUGCUCAGUGAUGGCUCGAAAAAUGGUGUGCAUGAUCAGAACGCAGCCAGUGGAUCAAGCCCCGAGUAG